UGUGACCAGAGUUACUUGGUCGGUUAAGGGUUACUCGAUUAGGAAUUACUCGGUCAAGGUUAAUUUUGGAGUGUGUCAGACUGUCAGUCGACAACACAGUAUGACCAGCCACUGCACACAAAAAACGUGAUGUUUUACUUUUUUUUUUUUCUUUUUUUUUUUUUGGGAACGCAAUGUUUUACCUUUUUUUUUUUUUGAGAACGCAAUGUUUUACUAAAAUAAUAAUAACACAUAACUAGCUAUGCCCAUGUAGAAUUAUAGAGUAGGUAGUAAAAGUGGACCGAUUGAGUAAAGUUAUAACGCUAACAUGCCAAUUUUGAAACCCUUUAUUCUUUCGUGCAUAAAGUACAAAAUGCAUGAAUAUAUAAAUAGAAGUUGUGACAUCUACCAAAUGACACCACAAAAAUAUCCAUCAUAUUCUUUCUUCAUUUCUUCUAAACAUGUCUUAUUAUUGUUCUUCAGAGAGCUUAGUAUGCAAAGAUUAUCUUGAAUUAUACCCAGAAAAUUCUAGUUUCUAUGAUCUUCUUCGCCUUCUGUUCUUCAAUGAGAGAGCUAAUCAUAUUGUUUGCCCUCACGAAAUCGAACAAGACCUAGAAAGUUUUAACUAUCGAUGGCUCAUUUUUGUUUCGGCUGUUUUGUUUAAGUUGUUUCGAUACAUGAAGACACCAAUGGCUCAUAUUGGCUAUUUCAUCGUAACAUGGAUGAAUCUAAUAACAAACAAUGGUGGAUUGCUCAGAUUGUGGUUAAAUUUUUUCAAAGGAAAAGUGCAUAUGCCAAAUGAGUCCGAGACAUAUAGAUCAAUUAUAGCACUUCUCGAUCCAAGAGUGGAUUUGGACCAAAAUAUUCAACCGGGGCACGCCAAUUAUGAAGCUUCACUCUCUUGGAUGGCUGCUAAGUUAUCCUAUGAAAAUUCAGCCUUCAUUAAAAAUGUUGUUGAGGAAAGUUGGAAGAUGGAACUAUUAGGGGCUUACAACUUCCGAAAUGAUUUCCAAGCGAGCAAUUCUACAGAUGCAUUCAUGGCGCGCAACAUAAGCAAGGACAAAGACACAAUAGUGGUUGCAUUUAGAGGCACAAACCCCUUCGAUACAGACGACUGUCGCGCAGACAUUGAUAUUUCUUGGUUUAGGCUAACGAACGUAGGAAAAGUUCACGCCGGAUUCAUGAAGGCAUUAGGCCUUCAAAACACUAAAUCCGGUGUCGGAUGGCCAAAAGAGAUCGAAACGAGCGAUAAACAACCACAAUUUGCGUAUUACAAAAUUCGACAAGUCCUUCGAAGCAUAAUUAAAGAAAACAAGAACGCAAAAUUUGUAGUAGCGGGACAUAGUUUGGGUGGUGCGUUAGCGAUUUUAUUCGCUAGUGUUCUAAUAUUACAUGAAGAGAAAGAAUUGCUUGAUAGAUUGGAGGGUGUUUAUACAUUUGGACAACCAAGAGUUGGAGAUGAGGAAUUUGGAGAUUUUAUGAAGAAGAAUUUGAAGACCUAUAAUGUCAAAUAUUGUAGGUAUGUUUAUUGCAAUGAUAUGGUUCCUAGACUUCCUUAUGAUAACAAGACUCUCUUGUUUAAACAUUUCGGCCCGUGCCUCUACUACGAUAGUUUCUACCAAGGAAGGGAAUUGAAAGUGGAGCCAAAUAAGAACUACACAUCAUUGGCAUGGAUGAUACCAAAGUUCAUGAAUGCAUGUUGGGAGCUAAUUAGGAGUUUCAUACUUCCACAUAUGAAAUGGGGCCCAGAUUACAAAGAAUGUUGGUUUCAACUUAUUCAUCGGAUGAUUGGGCUUAUUUUCCCAGGCCUUUCAGCCCAUGGCCCACAAGAUUAUACAAACUUAAUUCGAUUGGGCCGCAUGGUUGAACAUCAUCAUCACCAUGAAAAUUCAAUUAAAUGAAUAUAAAUCAACUAUAUACUUCGUAUAUAAAUAUAAUUAUUUUUUUGCAUAAGUAUAAGUUAUCCCCCUAAAAGAAUAGGCAACUUAUGAUCGUGCUUGAUGCCAUGGCCCUUAAUGUUAAUUGUGGAAAUUACUUUUUUGUGUAGGAUUUGGCAAAAUGUUUUGGGCAAAUGUGAUGAUUUUUCAAAGAGUACCUAAUAAAAUUUAGGGUUAAUUUUAUUUUGUAAUAUCAUUUUAUUAUUUGGAUAAUGAUUUGUCUUAAAUUAAAGCAUUGGCAUGUAUUUAUAAUAAUGGGUGGUAUUUAUAAUAAUGGAUGAUCACAUAAUAUACAUUUUAAUAUGAGUUGUGCCCGGUUAAUUCCCCAGAUAUACAAAAUUUGUUUAUUUGUGGGUAUAAUCGUCUUUUCAAAUAUCAGUGGAGAGGUAUAUGCGUCUUUUCAUGUACUAGUUGAGGGGUACAUGUGUA